AUGGGCAGCAACAACAGAUAUCGCAUCGGUGUGGAUGUAGGAGGCACCAACACCGAUGCCGUCCUCAUCUCCCUCGAUCCGGUUUCUAUCGUCGCGUCUCACAAAGCGCCAACUACCCCGGAUGUCACGACGGGCAUCAUCAAUUCCGUUCGUGAAGUGAUCAAUGCGUCAAAGGUGUCUCUUGAUUCUAUUGGGUGCGUCAUCAUCGGUACGACACACUUUGUCAAUGCUGUCAUCCAGCGCUCGGCAGCGCUUCGCCGCGUUGCUGCUGUACGACUAUGCGGCGGUCCGGACGAGGGCUUUGGGCGCAACAUUCCACCGUUUGUCGAUUUUCCGGCCGACUUACGAGCGUGCAUCGAGACGCCUCGCAAGUACUUCUGCAAUGGCGGCUAUCAGAUCUCCGGUACUGAGAUCAGCCCUUUAGACGAAGCGGAGAUUCGUCGUGUCGCGGAAGAGCUAGCCAAAGACAAAAUUUCUAAUGUGGUUAUCUCCGGAAUGUACGCUCCGUUGAACCAUGCGCAGGAGAUGGCCGCUAAAGAUAUUAUGGAGAAGACUAUGGCGGAAAAUGCCGGGUUUAAGCCACGGAUUACUCUAUCUCAUCAGGUAUCUGGAUUGGGAUUUCUGGCUCGCGAGAAUGCCGCCAUUCUGAACGCCACUUUGCGGCCUCUGGCAGAGACGACGAUAUACGGAUUCCAGCAAGCCAUGGAAGAUAUCUUCCAAGGAAACCCCUACACUCUCUACCUGACGCAAAAUGAUGGUAGUGUUCUCGGUGCUUCCGAAGCAGUCGAGCUACCUAUUCGCACGUUCAACUCAGGCCCCACAAACUCUAUUCGUGGUGGAGAGUUCCUCUGGCGCACUGCAGAGAAUGCAGACAACCAAAGUAAAACACGAACAGAGCCUUUGGUGGUCAUUGAUAUCGGAGGAACUACAUCCGACAGUGGAUUGCUGCUUCCAAAUGGUCUACCUCGGAUGAGUUCUGUCAUGAGCUUGGUGGGAGGUGUCCGCACGAACUUUGCACUUCCAGCCGUGGAAAGUAUUGGUUUGGGUGGUGGUACAAUCAUCAGAGACCUGGGUAAUGGAGAAUUAUCCGUGGGACCGGAUAGCGUGGCUCUCGAACUCCUCCAGAAAGCACGGCUUUUUGGCGGGUCAUACCUCACUUCCACCGACAUCGUUGCUGCAUCUGAGCUUCACAUGCCGACUGGGAAUAGUGCCUUCCAGGGAAUGGGUGAUCCGAGCCGUCUUGCAGAUAUUACUCCUGAGGUGGUCAGCAACGCUCAGAUGCUCAUGCGACAAAAGAUCGAGGAGCUCGUGGACCGAACCAAGAUCCAGAAGGGCGAUGUCGACGUCUUGAUUGUCGGUGGUGGUGCGCCGAUUGUCAACACCAAGGAGCCGCUCGUCGGAGUCCGCAUGGUGCGAACUGUCAAGGGGGGCGAAGUAGCCAAUGCAGUUGGUGCUGCUAUCUCACGGGUGUCGGGUGUUAUUGAUACCGUUGUCGAUACGUCGAACCGUACACUCAAAGAGGCACAAGACUCCGUUUCUCAGUUGGCGAUUGAAAAGGCCAUCGAGAAUGGAGCCAAGAAGGACACCAUCCAAGUCGCUGAAGUUACCAUGUUACCUAUUCAGUACGUGGAUGCGAAAGCUCGAAUCUUGAUACGAGCUGUUGGACAACUGGAUGUUGUUUCUCAGCAACAAGAAUCGACGAAGCUCAUCAACGCACCCAUUUCGGAGGAGUCUGAUGAAACUGCAAACAUAUCCGUGUCGAAGACAAUUUCGCAGCUUGAAGCGGAGAAAGUGGAUAUCCAGACUUACCGACCUCAAAUCAAUGACCAGCAAUGGAUUAUCUCCGCCACAGAUCUCGAUUUCAUUGCAGAGGGCUGCAAAAUUCUGGGCUGUGGCGGUGGAGGCGACCCCUACCAGGAGUAUCUCAAAGCAAAAGCCAUUAUCCGCAACUCACCUGGUAAAGUCAAAGUGGUCUCGCCCGAAUAUCUCCCAGAUGACUCGCUGGUAGGCUGGACCGGCAACAUGGGUAGUCCAGAAGUGAGCGCGGAGAGGCUAGAAAGCAACGAAUGUCUGCAAGCGCACGACGAGCUCAUGCGAGUCACGGGAAGCCCACCUGUCUCCGGGUUUCUGGCGCUCGAGAUCGGCGGUGGAAACGGCGUUGUCAAUCUCGGUGUUUCCUCCCAUUAUGGCGUGCCUUGCGUCGAUGCCGACUAUAUGGGUCGCGCUUAUCCGACUUGCUGGCAAGUGACUCCGAAUAUAUAUGGGUCAUCCAGAGGCGAAGCCCUCGUACCGACUACUAUCGCCAGCGGAGAUGGGUCGUUUAUCACGAUGACCAAGUCUCGCACAGACAAGCUGGUUGAUAAGUCGCUGAGGGCUGCCUGCGUGGAGAUGGGCUGCCGCGCUGGGAGUGCCGGCCCGCCGAAGACUGCCAAAGUGGUGAAGGAGCAAGCGGUCACGAAUACUAUUUCAUUGGCCUGGUGGAUCGGGCGAGCAAUCGCAUUGGAGAAGAACAUCACCGACAAGGCUCAGCGUAUCAUCGAUGAAGUUGGUGGCCCGGAAAGCGCCGCCAUUCUCGGCGAGGGAAAGAUCACCAGCGUCUCUCGAGUCCUCAAAACAGGCCAUACCUAUGGCGUGUUGGAAGUGGAAGGCACUCUUCAUGAUGGAACAAAGGCAAUGCUCAGUGUUCCGUUCAAAAACGAGAAUGCUUUUGUCGAAGCUGUCACUGCUGACGGCGAAAAGAAAGUUCUGGCAGCCGUUCCCGACCUGAUCGCCGUGAUCGACGCGGAAACGGGUGCUGGAUUGGGCACACCGGAGUACAAAUAUGGCCUUAAGGUGGUCAUUAUUGCCAUUGCAGCUUCACCAAGGUGGACUGAUACGAAGAGAGGUAUGGAGGUGGGCGGACCAGGGUCAAUGGGCUUUGAGGAGAUCGAAUAUGUUCCAAUUGGGAAGUACAGCAAGCCACGCAGUGUGAUCGAUGUCUUUGGUUGA